UGAGCUGUGGCCAAGCUUGACUCUGCUCUCCGCGCUCCAAUCUCCGUCCUUCGCUCCGCUUUUCGCUCCCAGUCCGCGCUCUGCCUUCCGCUUCGCGCCCCUGCCCCACUAUGUCGCAGAUGGUUUCUCGGCAUACCCAGCAGCCAGGCAAAGUCAGUAGGCUGUCGGUCCUGGGGAGACCCAAUGUGGCCGGCCACAAUAUGAGGCCGAGUUCCCGCACGGCGCUGGAGGACAUCGGCAACCUCGUCACCGAGCCAAAGGCACAGGGUGCCACCAGAAAUAGGGCGAUGGGUGGAGGCGGCGGGCGGGAGCCGGGCGGCAGACCCGUGAACUCUAGGGCCAAGACGAACGAAGUUGCCGGGAGGAAGGAGACAGCCGCUCCCACGAAGGGGAUGCCGCCAACAGCCCCGGAGCCGAAGUCAGAACCCCAGGUGCAACAACUGGAGUCUCAUUCCCAAAUUCCUACAGAAAUACCUGCGUGUGCACCACCAGAUGAUGUGAUGUGUCAGGCUUGUUCUCAUGACUUGCUUUCUGUCGAAAAUAUAGUUGCUGAAGAUAAUAAUGACCCAGAGUACUCCCACGACUAUGCAAAGGACAUCUACCAGUAUCUGAGAGAGCUUGAGGAAAAUCAAACUGUCAGACCCAAAUACCUGGCUGGGCAAAAAAUCAGUGGGAAUAUGCGUGAUGUACUAAUAGACUGGCUUGUGCAAGUACAGAUAAAGUUCAGACUCCUGCAGGAUACCUUGUACAAGUCAGUUGCCAUCAUAGAUUGCUUCCUGCAGGACAAUGCUGUUUAUAAGAAGAUGCUGCAGCUGGUUGGAGUCACAGCUGUGUUCAUUGCCAGCAAAUAUGAAGAGCCGUAUCCCUUGCGUGCUGCAGACCUUGUCUAUAUAACUGAUAACACUUAUACAACCAGCCAAAUCAUCCAGAUGGAGUUUCAGAUCCUGCAAGCCUUGAACUUUCAUCUGAGUCAUCCCCUAACUUCACAAUUCCUAGAUAUGGCUUUAGAGAUUGCAAAGGUAACCACAAGACAGUGUGUUCUGGCCAAAUACCUGAUGGAGUUGUCCAUUGUGGACUAUGAUAUGGUUCUUCCUUCCUCCAAGACUGCAGCGGCUGCUUUAUGUUUGUCUCUGGAACUUCUCAAGGGAUGUGAGUGGACACAAACUCUACAACGCCACACAUCUUACACUGAGAGUGACCUCCUUCCAGUUAUGCAGCACAUAGCAAAGAAUGUAGUUCUUGUGAUUAAGGGUUGCACCAAGGAGAAGGCAAUCAAGGAAAAAUAUGCUGGCACUAAAACCAGCAGGAUAAGCACCAUUGAGGAGCUGAACUCACCUGUCAUCUGGAACCUAGCCUGGUCUGUAAAUAAACUUUAACUCCUGUGCAAAGUCAGUACCAACAUUGUUUUUAUAAACCCAUGUUUAUUAUGUUUUUUUAUUUUCUCAUACUUUGGGUUGUUGAAUAAAGCAUUUAAUUUUCUUC